CAGUUGACAGAGGCUGCGCACCGUCUCCUUUCUGAACAGUGUACAAAGAAGAGAGAGAACAGUUAGUUGUUAGAAUGGGAGGUACAGACAGUAAACUAAAUUUUAGGAAAGCCGUCGUCCAGCUGACAACAAAAAAGACGGCUGUUGAAGCGACAGAUGACACCUUUUGGGAUCAGUUUUGGUCUGAGUCGUCGGCAACUAUCAGUGACGUGUUUACUUUGAUUCCUGCCUCGGAAAUCAGAGCUUUACGAGACGAGAAUCCCUCAAAUUUGGCGACGCUAUGCUAUAAGUGUGUUGAGAAGCUUCAUAAUGCCACUUUGACGGGUUGUUCUAACCCUUCAGAACAACUUUCAAUCCUGAACUGUGUGCGCCUGUUGACACGGUUUGUACCCUACAUUUUUGAGGAUCCAGAUUGGAGAGGUUUCUUUUGGUCCACAGUUCCAGGACAGGAAGAGGAAAGUUUUCAUGGGGGUGAAGAGACUGCAGAGGCAAGAUCCCCUCUUGCUCAAACACUUCUCAGUGCUGUUGCGGACCUGUGUUUCUGUCCAGAGUUUACUGUUCAUCCUCCGAAAAAAACUGGCCCAGAUCAACCUGAGGAUUUGUCUUCAAUUGAUAGCUGUGAAUAUAUAUGGGAAGCUGGUGUUGGAUUUGCAUCAUCCCCUCCGGGUAAUCCACAGUUUGACUGCAGCAGAACUGAGCUUCUUAAAUUGCUGUUGACUUGUUUUUCAGAAGCAAUGUACCUUCCUCCCACAGCUGAAAAUCACAGUAGACCAAAUAAAUGGCUGUCAUUUUUUUCAUCUGCUGGGAAUAGACAUGCUCUUCCAAUAUUCACAUCCCUGUUAAAUCUUGUGUGCUCCUAUGACCCCCUUGGAUACGGAGUGCCGUAUAACCACCUUAUGUUUGCUGAUUACCGUGAACCUCUGGUGGAGGUUGCUGCUCAAUUGCUUGUAGUCCUUUUGGAUCAUGACUCAAUGCAGCCAACCCCAACUACGAUGAAUGGAACUGAUGCAGAACACUCUUUUGAGGAACCUCCAGUUGAUAACCUUUUUUGUAAUUAUUUGUCUCGAAUACACAGAGAGGAGGACUUUUACUUUAUUCUCCAUGGUGUUGCAAAUCUGCUUAAUAACCCUCUUAUUCAAACGUAUCUUCCAAAUUCUUGCAAGAAAGUUAGUUUCCAUCAAGAACUACUAGUUUUAUUUUGGAAGAUGUGUGACCAAAACAAGAAAUUUUUGUUCUACGUGCUGAAGAGCAGUGAUGUGCUGGAUAUCUUGGUUCCAAUUCUUUUUCACUUGAAUGAUGCAAGGUCUGACCAGUCUCGACUAGGUUUGAUGCACAUAGGAGUGUUCAUAUUGCUGCUUUUAAGUGGAGAAAGAAAUUUUGGUGUCCGACUCAAUAAGCCAUACUCUGUUAGAGUACCCAUGGACAUUCCUGUGUUUACAGGGACCCAUGCUGAUUUUCUUGUCAUUGUGUUCCAUAAAAUCAUUACAAAUGGACACCAAAGACUUCAACCUCUGUUUGAUUGUCUCUUGACAAUUAUUGUCAACGGAAACUCUCAUCUUGUAUAUGCAAUCAUAAGGAAGAGAAAUAUCUUUCACCAGUUGGCAAACCUUCCAACUGAUCCUGCUACUGUUCAGAAGCCAAGAAGGAGACUUGCCUCCCAAGGUUCAGAUAAGGAUGCGCAGGCCUCAGGCAGUGAAGGAGAAGAAAAGAGGCCUGGAACGAGUACUUCGGCAGCCGAGAGUUUGCCAGAGAUGUCUGCCGAUAUGUCUGUGAAAGAAGUUCGCAAUCCUGCCAGUGAAUCAGAAACCAGUGAUGUAGAAGCACGGUCCCCUGGGGAAGCAACCCCACCCAGUACCCCUGGUACAUCCCGCAUAGAGAGAAAAGCUAUUGGACGAUCUGCUUCCGUCACAAGCUCAGGAUCAUUUGUAGCAACGCCUGAAUGGGUCCAGUCUUGGAAACAGAAGCUACCACUUCAGACAAUAAUGAGAAUGCUUCAAGUUCUGGUACCUCAAGUGGAAAAGAUUUGCAUAGACAAAGGUUUGACGGAUGAAUCUGAGAUUAUCAAGUUUCUUCAGCAUGGCACAUUAGUCGGUCUCCUACCCGUGCCACACCCAAUCUUAAUCAGAAAAUACCAGGCUAACAGUGGUACUCAGAUGUGGUUCCGAACUUAUAUGUGGGGAAUUAUUUACCUCAGGAACAUUGAUCCCCCAAUCUGGUAUGAUACGGAUGUCAAACUGUUUGAAAUCCAAAGAGUAUAACAUUUUGGUGCGUCUGAGAAGGGUGCGGAGAAGAAAGCGUUAGACUUCUCACAGAUGACAUGAAGCAAACGAUGAAUCAGUUGCGUUUAGAAUUAUGGUUUUGUCAUUUUUCAUCAAAAAAGAAGUAAUAUUUGAAGUCGCAAGCUGUCAAACAUAACUUUAUUCUAUGCCCCAUUCACACCAAAGCUUGAACACGUUUUAAAAGAUGUUUUGCUGGUGUGAAUCGGGUAUUAGUUACAUUAAAGGACAUUUUUGUUCGUGUUUGACUUCCCACUCAAGGGGAAACUUGGACUUGUUGAGUCCAUAGAGAUACUUAAAGUACCUAAUAUUUACAUUCUUAAAAUGAGGAAAUAAUGUUGAUGAGAUAAUUUGCAGAUAUGCCGAUGUAAAUUUUUCGUAGUCAGAUUUAAGGUACUACUUCGUGCAAGAGAGAAUGCCGUGUUAAGGCAGAGCCUAUUCUAGGAUCAAACAAGCAAUUAUUAUGCGUAAGUCACCGAUGUGUGAACGGCGAUCUUUAUUUACAGAGUCAAUGCCCAGCAUCAGAUCCUUGUGCAGUUUCCCUCUCGUACUUGACCCGGUUUUUCAAAGGUAUAUGUCAACAAAAGGCACUUUGCUAUCCACCGCAUAGAGAUUUAUCCACUAGAUAGCAUUACCCAUCCUUCGAACAACCGGAGCCAGUAAUAUUGAACGUGUGCCGAGCGCUUUAAAUUUCCGCGAAUUACGCGCGUGCAUCACGCCGUUCACACACACAAACGUGCAAACAUGCGUGGAGCAAAAUACGCGCAAAAGCCCAGGGAAUGCUAAAUGCUUUGAAAUCUUUACUGCUGAGUCAUUUCAUUGAAGGGAACAUUUGUAAAUAUAUGGAGUAAAGCUCCAAACCAUAGGUCCCUCUGCAUUAACAUGGAAAUAAGGUCUGUAGGAAUAGGAAAAAAAAUUUGCACUUUUUAAACCAGUUCACAACUUGAGUGUGUAGUCACCCUACAACCCCCCCUCCCCCCUCCCCCAAAGGUGGUCACGCCCUUUAAGUUUGAUCGGUUUGCUUCUCUUUGAAACCCUUUCGUUUCCAACAUGAUUGUCCUUGAUGGCCGCCAUACAUUUCCGUUUCCAAGAUUUUUUUUCUUACAUUUCCAUUAAGACUGUGUCUACUCGAUGAAAAAUUUCCUUCUCGUCUCGUCUGCUUGACACAUCAAUUAUUUUCGCGUUCAAGGGGUCCGUAAGAUAUAUAUAAUAAUCUGUACAUAAUGGAUUUUAAAUCAUGGGUUUUCGUGUAAGGAAUCGCUGUCAGAGUAGUCGAAAUCUGCAGCAGGUUAUCUGUAGGUUGAAUUUGUUAGCCCAUAAGUUAUUUAAGAGGAGAAAAGAUCACACACUUAAAAAAUUGAAAUUGUAUCAAAUUAUGUUCAGAAUCACAUCUUGAGCAUUUCCUGGUUCUUUCAAUCUGUUAGAGUACAUACUAGUAGCAGAGAGAACGUAAUUCAAUAAAUACGAGGAAAUGUC